UUUUUUUUUUUUUAGCUAAAGCUACCAAAUGAAUCGUUUUCUAGGACUCUUCUUCUAGGGCUGACUUAAAAAACAAACAAAAAAAAACAACCAAAAACAACCAAAAACUUUUUUUUUUUUUAACGUGCAAUAAAAAACUUACUGAUUAAAGGACGAAGGAAAAAGUGACAGGGGAAUAGGUUAAAAAAAAAAAAAAAAAAAGUUGUACAGAGGCAGACCAGAAAGGUGCUGAUACCAUGACAGUUUUCCUUUCCUUUGCUUUCCUGGCUGCUAUUCUAACUCAUAUAGGGUGCAGUAAUCAAAGGCGAAGCCCCGACAGCAGCGGGCGAAGAUACAAUCGGAUUCAGCACGGACAGUGCUCCUACACCUUCAUUCUGCCUGAACAGGACACCAACUGCCGGGAGAGCACCACAGAUCAGUACAACACAAACGCGCUGCAGAGAGAUGCUCCUCUCAUGGAACCGGAUUUCUCUUCCCAGAAACUGCAACAUCUGGAACAUGUGAUGGAAAACUAUACUCAGUGGUUGCAAAAACUUGAAAAUUACAUUGUGGAAAAUAUGAAGUCGGAGAUGGCUCAACUACAGCAGAAUGCUGUUCAGAACCAUACGGCCACCAUGCUUGAGAUAGGAACCAGCCUUCUUAGUCAGACAGCAGAGCAGACAAGAAAACUUACAGAUGUUGAGACGCAGGUUCUAAACCAAACAUCUCGACUUGAAAUUCAACUGCUGGAGAAUUCAUUAUCAACUUACAAGCUAGAGAAACAACUGCUUCAACAGACACAUGAAAUCCUAAAAAUUCACGAGAAAAACAGUCUAUUAGAGCAUAAAAUUCUAGAAAUGGAAGAAAGACACAAAGAAGAGUUGGACACUUUAAAGGAAGAGAAGGAGAACUUGCAAAGCCUGGUUACUCGUCAGACAUAUAUAAUCCAGGAAUUGGAGAAACAGUUAAACAGGGCAACCAGUAACAACAGUGUCCUUCAAAAACAACAGCUGGAGUUGAUGGACACAGUUCACAACCUCGUCAAUCUUUGUACUAAAGAAGGUGUUUUACUUAAGAGUGCAAAAAGAGAGGAGGACAAACCAUUUAGAGACUGUGCAGAUGUGUAUCAAGCUGGUUUUAAUAAAAGUGGAAUCUACACUAUUUAUAUUAAUAACGUGCCAGAGCCCAAAAAGGUAUUUUGCAAUAUGGAGCUUACAGGAGGAGGAUGGACAGUAAUACAACAUCGUGAAGAUGGGAGUCUGGAUUUUCAAAGAGGUUGGAAAGAAUAUAAAAUGGGUUUUGGUAAUCCAUCUGGUGAAUACUGGCUGGGAAAUGAGUUUAUCUUUGCAAUUACCAGUCAGAGGCAAUAUUCUCUAAGAAUUGAGUUAAUGGACUGGGAAGGAAACCGGGCAUAUUCACUGUAUGACAGAUUUCACAUAGGCAAUGAAAAACAAAAUUAUAGGUUGUAUUUAAAGGGCCACAGUGGGACAGCAGGAAAACAGAGUAGUCUGAUCUUACAUGGUGCUGAUUUUAGCACAAAAGAUGCUGAUAAUGACAACUGUAUGUGCAAAUGUGCCAUCAUGCUAACAGGAGGCUGGUGGUUUGAUGCCUGUGGCCCAUCCAAUCUCAAUGGGAUGUUCUAUACAGCUGGGCAGAAUCAUGGAAAGCUGAAUGGAAUCAAAUGGCAUUACUUCAAAGGCCCCAGCUAUUCCUUACGAUCCACAACAAUGAUGAUCCGACCCUCUGACUUCUGAAAGCACCCCAUCAAAAGCCAUUUGAAGUCAAGGAACAGAUACAUUGAGCUAAACUACUACCAGAAGAGACUUCUUGUGCUAGCAGCCAGAAGCAAAUAGUCUCAACUUCCCUCCACCUGCGUAGUAGUAACAUGGAAGCACAGUUUUUCCUUUCUUUUGGUUUCAAGGCCUGAUAAAAUUCACCAAAGUCUCCCCUUGAGCUUCUGAGCCUAGAUUUUUUGGGGAGCUAAAAGGAGUGUGCUUCACCCUUCCACUUGACAAAAAACAAAAAGAAAUGAGUUGACUUUCUGGGUUUCAUCUGCUACAUCUGGAGCUCACCUUGAAAUCCUGAGGACCAGAUCGCCAAUGCAUUUUCUUUCAUUGGAAAAAGGCCAAUUAAAAAGAAGAGUAUUGAUUUCAGGAAUCAAACAACAAAAAUCAACUCACCAUUAUCCCUCCGGGGAAAAAUAAAUGUAUUUCACCCAUCAAGUGGCAUUGCAUCUAUGCAAAGUAUGACAAAGAAAGCUUUGGUUCUUGCACAGCUUAAAUGAAUGUCCAGGAGAAAUAUUCAGAUCUUUGUUUUCUGAAUGGAUUCAAUGUAGAUGGAUGGAUUCUGCAGCCAGAAUCACUUAUCACACUUAAUAGUUAUUCUUAGUUAAAACAUCUUCAAAUGUUAAAUUUACUUCACCUGGGGAAACACAAUAAAUGAACAAUGUUAACAGUAGUAGAUGGAAAAUCUUCAAUUCUUUCUGCUUUUAGGGGAAAGUCCACUGUUAAUAGGCAUGAUCUUCCAACUAGGAUUGUUAAUAUGAGAAGCAAAUUUGUUUUCCUGUUGUUGCUGUUUUUUCCUCUCUCUAGUGUUGAAGCUUUUGUCCAUAUUAAAAGAAGACUGAAUUUCUUAUUGGAAAAGCCAGAGGAAAGUUUAAAGUAUGUGAACUUUACCAUGGAGAAUUGUUAUUUUGCAAAUUUAAUGAUGGCAUCUACUCUUUUUCAUUUGACAGUAUAUGAAAAAGCAGCAUUUGUGUGUGUAUUAAACAUAGUUUAACUGGAGCAGCUCAUUUUAUCAUAUUUUUUUUUGCAUGUGCACUCUUAAAAGUGUUACUUCAUUAUGUUAAAACAUUUUCCUGAUCUCCAAUGCUUCACUGCAGAUAAAAGUUUUGCAUUAACUGAAAGAAGUUUACAAAGUCACCUUUUCCCACCUUUCUAUGAGAAAACCACUUUUUAGUCUAAGACAAAUAAAAGAAUAAAUAUUGUUAUGAAAUGUAUAUAUAGUAUGUUUAUAUUCAUGGUAAAAAGUACAUAACACGUAACUUGGCCAUGCCAUUUUCAGAUAAAUUAAUGAAAAUAAACAUCUAUUUGCAAAAAAUAUUAGCUGUUCCUUAAGAUGCAAUGAAUCUGCAUUUGGUUUUCCAGUAAUGUCUCUGCCAUAUGAAGCCAUCUCUGACAUAUUAAAAAGCAUUAUUUUGUGAAAAGAAUCUUCAUAUGCUGUGUACACACAAACAUACAUCUAUAUAUAUAUAUAAGAGAUAAAGGGGAAUAGAAAAACAUAUCCACACAUAUAAACAUAGGGGCAGGAUGGUGACAGAAACACAUAGAUCAACAUACAUGGGUGUGGGAUGGGAAGAGAAUAGAAUACAUUCUUGAAGGAAGUUGUACCUUUGUUGGAAAAAGUCACACAGUUAAUCAACCCAAAGACUAUAAUUUCUAUUGUAAAUAAACUUGGUUAAAAUAUUCCUGAUAGAUCUCCCAUGUUGAAGUUACUUUCAUCCAAUUCGUACUUACAUGAAUCAAGAAAAAUGAAUGUGUGGUAAGGAGCUUUUCUUCUCAAAGUUGAUAUGUUAUUUUUCUCAAAGGACCCCAAAUGAUCCAGUUUUGAGUUUAAGGAGAUGGAAUUUUACUCACUGACUCAUCUUGCCUUAGCAGAUUUUUUCCACUCAGAAGAAACAAAGUUGCAACAUUUUGAAACAUUUUUUUUUUCUAUUCAUGUAUGAUGCCACUGGUUUUAUGUGAGAGUUGAAUCAAUGUUUGUCAAAGGGCAGGUUUUAUUUUAAUGUAUCCAGGGACAGCUCCAAAACCAUGCUGUCUAAUGACUUUGAUUGGUUGCGGUUUACAGAUUAUAUUACUUAGCUUUCCUAUGUUUUGUGGUUACUUCACACUUCUUCCAUCACACUUUCUAGAAAUCUUUGAUAGUCUUCAUUUUUGUGAAACAGGAUGGGAGUGGAGAAAAGCCUGUGGGUUUGCUUUCCCUGUGUUUCUAAUGAAUAUGUGAGUGUAUAUGUGUGUUUUGUGAAUGUGUGUGUAUGCAUGUGUGUAUGUAUUCAUGCCAUGAAUAAAAUAUAGCAUCCCCCCAACUCGCUGCAAAAACAAAACAAGAGUUUAUCUGGGUUUGAAAAUGGAAUAUGGUUUUUCAUUUUUCAUAAUAAAAACAUUUUUAAAUGGUC